AUGGAGAAGAAUCGAGGUGGUGGAACUGUUUCACCCCCUGUGCCACUACAGCGGAUGCUUCCACGCUGCAGGACAUGCGCCGAGGCUGAGAUCAGGAUCAUGAGUCCCGGUUCUCUACUCGUGUGCAUCUACAGCAUUCUCACCAUGGCCUGCACUGGAGUGUUGUGCUUAGACCUGUUGUACCCGUUUGGGAUCGGGAACCUGGACAGCGAAACCCCGAAGGUGGAUGACGGAGGAUCCCCUGAAAUUUCGCUACUAAUCACCUUCCCAUUUUUCGCAGUUGGGCAGAGGUCGCUCCACGUGAAUAACAAUGGGGUGCUAUCCUUCAACGUGCAAGUCAGUCAGUUCACUCCCGAGGUCUUCCCUCUCUCCGAUGGUCGCUCGUUCAUUGCUCCUUUCUGGGCUGAUGUCCAUAACGGGAUCAAAGGAAAUGUGUAUUACAGGGAGAGCGUUGAGCAGAGCAUCUUGCAAAGAGCCACCAAGGACAUCAGGAAGAACUUCAAGGACCAGGCUUCCUUCUCGGCCACAUGGGUGUUCAUCGCCACCUGGGAAAAAGUCACUUUCUAUGGAGGCAGCUCGACCACCCCGAUGAACACCUUUCAGUGUGUGCUGGUGACAGAUGAAAGGAAUUCCUUUGCCAUGUUUAACUACGCUGAUAUUUCCUGGACCACAGGGACUGCAAGUGGAGGCGACCCUCUGACUGGUGUUGGUGGCUCAGCAGCACAGACGGGGUUCAACGGCGGGGACCUCAGUCACUUUUUCAGCCUGCCAACCUCUCGGACAACUGAGAUGCUGAACAUCGAACAAACCAGCAACGUGAACUUCCCCGGCCGCUGGAUCUUUAAGAUAGACGGGGAGGCGAUUGACCCAUCGAGUGGCUGCAGCCUGAACGGUCAGUUUUUCCGCCGCGGGGAUGUGUUUUGGAUGGAUGAUAAAUGCCAAACCAAGUGCCGCUGCCUGGACUUGGGUAACGCCAUUCAUUGUCAGAACCUGUCUUGCGGGCAGUUCGAGCAGUGCCACUCCGUGGACGGGGUUUACCGCUGCGUCCCCACCCAGACUGCCUCGUGUGUGGUGUUUGGAGACCCUCACUACCACACCUUCGAUGGGCUCCUGUACCAUUUCCAGGGAACAUGCUCGUACAUCCUGGCCAAGCCCUGCUGGGAGUUGGAGAAUCUGCCCAGUUUCAGCAUCGAGUCCAAGAACGAAAACCGGGUGGGGACCGCUGUAUCGUGGCUGAGGAACAUCAGGCUGGAUGUGUACGCUCACAGCAUCGUCAUUCCCAGGGGAAACACGGGCCAAGUGCUGGUGGAUGGGCUGCUCGCCACGUUGCCCGUGCAUCUGGAGAUGGGGGCGAUCAAGAUUUAUCAGAGCGGAGUGGCUACGGCGGUGGAGACGGAUUUCGGUUUGCUGCUCACAUUCGACGGGGAACAUUACGCUUCCAUCUCGUUGCCCAGUUCCUUCCUGAAUAACACGUGCGGUCUCUGCGGGAACUUCAACAACAACCCGGCCGAUGACAACAUGCUCCCAGAAGGAAGCCCAUCCGAGUCGCUGGCGGAGCUGGGCAACGGCUGGAAGGCUGCCGACCCGGACUGGUACUGCCAGCACGAUUGCGGGGACAACUGCAGCGUGUGCGACCCGCACACAGAGACCUUCUACUACAGAGCCGACUACUGCGGCAUCAUGAACAAGACCGACGGGCCGUUCCGCGACUGCCGAGCCGUGGUGGACCCCACCAGCUUCGUCAUCAGCUGUGUGUACGACAUGUGCGCCAACCGGGACAACAUCACCACUCUGUGCCAGGCCAUCCAGGGCUAUGCCCUCACCUGCCAGGCCGUGGGCAUUACCAUCGGAGCCUGGCGCUCCCGCACCUUCUGCGCCUUGCCGUGUCCGGAGAGGAGUCACUACGAGGUGUGCACCAGCAGUUGUCCAGCUUCCUGCACUGACCUGAUCUCGCCUCUGUACUGCUCCAGACCCUGCACCGAGGGUUGCCAGUGUGACGAGGACCAUGUGUUGAGUGGGAAUCGCUGUGUGCCGCUGGACGGGUGCGGCUGCGAGUUCCAGGGGCGCUACUACGACUUGCAAACCAAGUUCUGGGCUGCGGACGACUGCACAGUGCGUUGCCUGUGUGAGGGUCACGGAGAGGUUGCGUGCACGAACGAGACGUGCUCGGAAGGGGAGUUUUGUCUGGUGGAACACGGGCUACUGGGUUGCUUCCCCAGGCGAGCCGCUGUCUGCACAGUCUCACGCAGCAACGGGCUGCAGACUUUCGACGGCGCCUCCCUCGAUUUCCGCGACGAGUAUGCCUACACCUUACUCAAGGUUUGUGGAGCAAACAGCUACAACCUGUCCCACUUCGAAAUCAAACUCGGGAGAAAGAAAAUGGUGAACGGUUCUUCGAUAAAAUCGCUGACUAUAAAAUUCCCUGACUAUGAAGUAAAAAUUGAUGGCAGUGACAACGUUAUCAAGGUGAAUGCUUUUCCAAUUUCCUUGCCAUUCAUGCAUUCGUCUGGAAAACUGAAGAUCUACAGGAAUGGGAAUUACACCAUGGUGGAACUAGACAACAGUCUGCAAAUCUUGUACACGAGUGAAGAUCGAAUAAAUGUCAUGCUGUCCACUGCCUACUAUAACAACACCUGUGGCCUCUGUGGAUAUUUCAAUGGGAAUCCCACUGAUGAUUUCCGGAAAGCCAAUGGGAAAGUGACGGAGAACACUGCAGAGUUUGUGGAUAAUUGGAAGACAUUUGCAGAUGAUAUGACAUGCAAUGGACAGUGUGAAGAGCUUUAUACCGUGUGCACUAAUGAGGAUUUGAUCCUGUAUCAAGGAACCUCUUUAUGUGGGAUAAUCAAUGAUCCCAAUAACAGUUCUUUCCUCAGCUGCCAUGAAGCUGUCAACUCAUCUCCCUUCUUCAGAAGUUGUCUCUACACCAUGUGUUUAAAUGGCGGGAACAUAUCUGCACUUUGCAGCUCCCUGCAGGCCUAUGCAGAUGCCUGCACUGGUGCUGACGUCAUGCUGGCUAACUGGAGAAGCAGCAGCUUUUGUCCUUUGCCAUGCCCCGAGAACAGCCACUUUGCCGAGUGUACCACGGCGUGCCCGCUCACCUGCCAGUCCAUGCGGCACGAUGCCGACUGCCACCUGCCCUGUGUGGAAGGCUGCCAGUGUGACCCAGGCUUCACUCUGAAAGGCGGCCGCUGCAUCGCCAUGAACGAGUGUGGCUGCGUCUACGAAGGCUCCGAGGUGGCGAGCAAUGAGACCUUCUGGGCAGACGGCGAGUGCCAAACGCGCUGCUUCUGCAACGGCACGGACAACGCGGUUUACUGCGAGAGCGGCCCCUGCCGCGCCGACCACUUCUGCUCCGACCAGGACGGGCUGUUCCACUGCCUGGCCCGCGCCGAGGCGAUGUGCAUCGUGUCCGGAUACAGCCACUACUACACCUUCGACACGCUGGGCUACGAGCUGCAGAGCACCUGUAGCCACGUCGUCAGCACGGUGGCCGCCGACACCCCUCACCUGCCCCACUACCUGAUCCAGGCCAGGAAUGAAGAGCGCAACACGUCGCUCGCCCUGUGGCUGCGGGAGGUGGAGAUCACAGUGUACGGUUACAACAUCAGCGUGUCCAAGAGCUACAAGCACACAGUGAUGGUCAAUGAGGAGCGCCUCUACUUGCCCCUGCGACUGGGCGGAGGUCAGGUCAACCUCUACUCGUUCGGCUUCUACAUGGUGCUGGAGACUGACUUCGGGCUCAAGGUGAUGUACGACUGGGACACGCUGCUGGCGGUGACCGUGCCCCGAGCCUUCUCCAACGCCACGCGGGGUCUGUGCGGCCAGUUUAACGGCGAGCCGGAUGAUGAGCUACAGACGCCCAGCGGCGAGCCGGCCGGCAGCUUGCUGGAGUUUGUGAGCAGCUGGGCAGUCGGUGGCACAUCCUUCUGCCAACCGGGCUGCAGCCGGGGCUGCCCUUCGUGCGACCGGGUGCUCAGCCUCCCCCUCCAAACGCAGCAGCUCUGCGCUCUGAUCGUGUCCAAGGACAACCUGUUCAACCGCUGCCACGGGAGAGUCAACCCCACCUUCUUCUACCACAACUGCAUCUUCGACUCGUGCAUCGACCGCGGCAACAGGGAGACGGCCUGUAAGUGGCUGCAGAACUACGGCAGCACCUGCCAGGCGCAGGGCGUGUUGAUGCAAGGAUGGAGGAACAUCACCAGCUGCUGUAAGUCCCGGCACACAGACGCAGAGUCCCAAUCUCACAGGGCCUGUAACCUAUUACUGUGUGGGAGGGAUGUCAUUUUUUAUAUACACACGAUGGCUACUCUCUUACUCAACGGCAGAACCUGUAUCCUGCCCCAGGACUGCGGCUGUGUGGCAGAGGACAUAUACUAUGAGGCUGGGCAGUUCUUCUGGAACACAAACUGCUCCAAACACUGUCGGUGCAUGGGUCGCAAUAUGGUGCAGUGUGACUCGCGCCAGUGCAAGAGCGAGGAACUGUGCUCGCUCCGCAACGGCAUCAGAGGCUGUUAUAGCAGCAAGAGCUCCCACUGCAUCGCUGCCGGAGGGGGCAUAUUCCAGACCUUUGACGGUGCUUUCCUACGGUUUCCUGCUGCUUGCUCAUUUGUCCUCUCCACAAUCUGUCACAAACUUCCAGAUAUCUCUUUCCAACUGAUCAUAAACUUUGACAAAUGGAGUAUGCCGAACAUGACGCUGAUCUCCCCGGUUUACCUUUACAUCAACGAGGAACAGAUCCUCAUCUCAGGAAAUGUUGUCCAGGUGAAUGGAACCCCAGUCACGAUUCCUGUUGUCACGGCGCUAACAAAGAUCUCAACAGCUGAGGGAUUCCUGAUCAUUGAUACCAUUCAAGGCAUUCAGAUCCAGUACAACUGGUUCAAUUUGCUGUCUAUCAGGAUGGGUGAACGGCUGCAGAACAAGGUGUGCGGUCUGUGUGGAAACUUCAAUGGCAAUCCCAAUGACGACGACUUAAGUUCACGAGGGAAACCCACGGAAACGAUCCUGGAGUUGGCAAAGAGCUGGAAAACCAAUGGCAUGCAGAACAGCUGUGAUGAAGAGCAGUACACAACCUUAUCCCUCACCUGUGAUAAUCGCGACAUCAUCCGGCUACAGAAUGAGGGAAGCUGCCUGAAACUUACGGAAAUGAAAGGUUUCUUCCAGCCGUGUUAUGGCUUCAUCAACCCGGUGCCGUUUUAUGAGUCCUGUGGAAUGGAUGCCUGCUACUGGGACAAGAAGUCCCAAAUCUGCAGCUCGCUGGCAGCGUAUGGAGAAGCCUGUCGCUCGCUGGGGAUCCUGAGCACCGACUGGAUUAGGCGGGAAAACUGCUCAGAAUUGAUCGAAGACCCAUGUGCUGGAGGUAUUUGCACCAACUACAGUUUAUGCCGACAGGGUAACGGUGACCUGUGUGGCUGUCCUGAGGAACCCAGCCCCAACAGUGGAAAAGAUGAUAUUGUCCAGGCAGACGUGGUGUGCAAAUACUCUCAGAUGGAGGUUUAUAUUUCCAAGUGCCGACUCUACCAGCUGGGGUUUGAACGCGGGGAUGUUCGCAUUAAUGAUAACCGUUGCAUGGGCUCAGAGGGAGAUGAUUUCAUUGCAUUUCACAUCAAUAACACCAGACGAAACUGCGGAAACAUCAUGAAGACAAAUGAAACCCACAUAAUGUACACCAACACUGUCUGGAUCGAGAGCCUGAACAACACAGGAAGUGUGAUCACUCGCGAUAGAGUCAUUAACGUCGAGUUCUCCUGUGCCUAUGAACUUGACCUGAAGGUUUCUCUAGAAACUGUUGUAAGGCCAAUGCUAAGUGUUGUCAACCUCACUCUUCCCACCAAAGAGGGUAGUUUCAUCACUAAAAUGGCUCUGUAUAAAAACUCGUCCUACAAGUUUCCGUAUGGAGAAGGCGAGGUGACACUCACCACCCGUGACGUCCUGUACAUUGGGGUGUUUGUCGAGGGAGCAGAUUCUACGCAGCUCAUUCUCAUCACCAAUCGGUGCUGGGCCACUCCGUCUCGUAAUCCAAAGGACCGACUACGCUACAUGAUCAUAGAACAAGGGUGUCCAAACUCAAAGGACAGCACCAUAGAGAUGGAGGAGAAUGGCGUGUCUCUCACCUGCCGCUUCCACAUUGUUGUAUUCAAGUUUAUAGGGGAUUAUGACAAGAUUCAUCUACACUGUGAUGUGUCGUUGUGUGAUGCAAAUAUCAAUAAUUGCCGAAUUACUUGCCCCACCAGCAGCAGGAGAAUCGCAGACGAUGGACAACUCGCAAAAGAGCAGAUCCUCUCAGUCGGACCUAUCAGGAGAAGAGCAGCUGAUUUGUGUGAAGUGGACAAUGGCGGUUGUGAACAGAUUUGUACAAGUCUUGGAGAGCGGGCAGUGUGUAGCUGCAUCACCGGAGUCUUGCAUUGGGAUGGAAAGCACUGCCGAGGUAAGCCAGAGAAUUCAACAAUGCCCAGAAUGGUUAAAGUAAAGUCACCUGCCAUCUCCCAGAAUCUAUCCUGUAUUCAGGGGUACAGGUGUUGGCUGAGAAUGGGGUGAAGGACAAUUUCACCAAAUGCCUGGCCCCAUUGCAAGCAGAACAAACAUUAAGCAUCAGAACCAAGAUUUAGUGUCCGCCUGCAACAUGGAGCUUAGAACUGGCACCUCGUUAAUGCUGGCCAAUAAUAUGAGUGGGAUUCUUAGGGGCAAGGUUUACAUCUGGUAUUUAUAAAUACCUAAAUCCAAGCCUGCAACCUCCAAAAAUAGCACAAGUGUAGAGGACCAUCACCAUGUGCUGGCACUUUCCCAACUCGUGCACUGUCCUGAAAAAUUCUUCCCAUCUUUCACCAGACAGGUACAUGUGAUGGCUCUGCACUAUUUUCUCCCCCAAGGGCGAAUAGAGAUGCCCAAUUACGAGAUACAAGAUACAUUUAAUUGUCAUUUGGACCCCUUGAGGUCCAAACGAAAUGCCGUUUCUGCAGCCAUACAUUACAAACACAUGGACCCAAGACACAACAUAAUUUACAUAAACAUCCAUCACAUCGCUGUGAUGGAAGGCCAAAUAAACUUAUCUUAUAAAUUAAGUGCUGGCCUUGGUAGUUCAUGCCCGCACCCUAAGUUUUUUAGAAAGUAGAAAAUUACUUGAUUAAAAACAAAUUAAGCCAUCGCUAUAGCCAGGCUGCAAGUCCUAGUAUGGUGAUAGAAAUGCGAUUGUAACACCAUGAUAUUAAGACCUUGAUGUUGACACUGACACAACCCCCUGUGGUCCCAAUGCAAUGUUACUGCAAGUGUGAUCUAGCUGCUGGGGAUGCUCAUUAAACAGAAAGGCCCACCUCGGCAUGACAGGAAGUUGCUAGUUUAACUUGACUGACUUAACUCUCCUAUACUUCUCUCUUUU